AUGGAAAAAACACAAAAAGGAACGCGCAUAGGGCCGCUGCCUGGGGGUCGCCGGGGCGCGUCUGGAGCUGGCGCUGGACGCGGCAGCAUGCGGGCCGCCAGCCGAGUGCGAGGAGCUGCACGAUCACCUAGCAGCCCCUCGCAUCCAUCAUCCCCACCAGAAGGCUUGGUGUCGGCUGGGUCUUCUCGGACACAGCAAGCGGCACCCGCCGCUGGUGGAACACGUCGCAUGCGUUGGACAAAAUCCAUGAACGAAAACGCAUUGCGGGCGUACUAUAGGGCGAAAGGGAAAGAAACUGUGGGAAUAGAGUAUAGGUCUCGGAUGCAUUGCUUUUUUGCUGAGCUGGAGCCGUCUAUCCCCGUCACGGAACAAAACCUGGCAGACCGAGUUCGCCGUCGUCGAAUGAAUUGGCUAUGGCUGGAGAUGCAGCUCCACAUUCGACAGUCCAGCAUCCACACGUGGAAGCCACCAUGGAUCUUCCAGUUGUGGUUGAUUCGAACGACGAUGAAAUAG